AUGAUGGAGAUAGUUGUAUAAGUACUACCAACAAUGCCAAAAAAGAUCAAAAAAAAUUAACAGUUUUUGAUUUCUACUCAACCUUCCUUGAAUUUUAUCAUUUACAUUAAGUAAAAAAAUAAUCUGAAUUAGGAAGAAUGAUUAAUUUUGAGAAUUUAAUGAUAGAUCUUUUCAAUUUUCAUUAAUCAUUAGCUCUUAAUUUAACAAUGAAAGGACUAAUAUAAAUUAAAGAUAUUUAAAAAAAAUAAUAAAACUUGUAAUUUGUAGAAACUAACAAUAAUUAAGAAGAUGAAUUGUUGGAUGCAUAUUUUAAUGAUUUUAAAACUAAUGGUGAAUAUAAAAAGUUAAUUAGAAGUUGUAUAUAAUUAACAUCAAAGGGACAAAACAAUUCCUUCGCUCAUAAAUCGAUUCAAGAAUUUUAUGUUGAACAUUUUCUUUUAAAAAUAUUUGAUAAUUUAAAAAUUAUGGAUGAUAAUGAUUUUAAAUAUCAACUUUAAACUUACAAAUGGGAGAACACUUGUGCUAAGUUAAAAUAAAAGGAUUUAAGGCUAAGUUUUUCUAGCAAAUAUAGAAUAGUUUUUCUUCCUAAUCAAUAAUUCAUUAUUAAAUAAAAAUAAAUUCAAUCUAUCAUCUGA